CGUUUAGCCGGAGAGAAGCUGGAGGGGACCUGCACAGCUGGCUCCCGUCCGUCCAGCACCCCGUCGCCCCGCCCUCUUCCCCUCUUCCAGGCUUCAGCCGUGACACUCGUUACGAAGCCUCACAGCCUGUCAGCUGGCUUCUCAGAGCAACACAAAUACACAGAAUUUUACUUAAAAUAAAUACAUAAAAAAGCAAACGAAGAGAAAUGGGUACUCCCUCAUUCUACUUCCAGGCAUUCCGUCUUGGGCUUUCUUUGAGAGUGAGCGUCCCACAGCAUCAGCUGUGGGGCUGGGAGUAAUUGAAACAUCGGCAGUCCCAAAAGACCAGAACUCACUGGAAGCAGGGGAUGUGGAAAAAAGGAGGGUUGGGCCUCACAGCCGAUCAGAGCACAUCAUAAUGAGGACAGGAAAGAUAAUUCAGUCUGGGAGCUCGGAGCACAACACUGCAGACGGGAUCCCGAAAGCAGAGAAAGACCCAGUGCUGCGUUGUGCCCAUGCAGGGUUAAGAUGAACCGGUGGCGGAAAUCGGUGGGGGAGAUCCAGGCCAGGCGGCGGCCGGUGGUGGAGUGCGAGCGCGGACAGGACGCCCUCAGCAAGGUCACUGCCUGCUACCAGCAGCUGGCCACCUUCCUGGGGAGCAGCUCCGACUGCAGUCGUCUGAGGGAGGAGCUGGAGGAGACCCGGGCGGUGGCGUACACCAUCUCCAAAGGGCUGCAGAGGAAGCUGAUGGCACUGCUGACGGAGGGCGAGCUGGCACAGGGCGAGCGGGAGGAGGUGGAGCGGCUCUGGGUGCUGUUCAUCUCCGGGCUGGAGAUGUUCCAGCAGGACCUGGGCAAGGCCGUCGCCCUCCAGGACCUGUUCCCGCUGUCCCAGCGCCACGACCGCCGGGCCCUGCUGAACGCGGGGACCACGGGCGGGGGCUCGGGCGUGGCAGCCAGGGCCGCCUCGGUGCAGCCCCCCUGGAUCCGGGCGGGCGAGGACCCCAGCCCGGACCCGCGGGCGCACGUCCUGCAGCUGGAGAGCAUGGCGCAGGAGAUGCUGCAGAAGGUCAACGUGCCCUUCUGGACCGUGGAGUCCACACAGGAGGCCUGGGCCGAGGAGGGGGAGGCCGAGCCGGACGGGGAGGAGGAGGAGGAGGCGGCUGUGGGGGAGGGGCUGGAGGUGGAGGUGGUUUCCACGGAGCAGGACAAGGGGCGCGGUUGCUGCCGGAGCAAUCGCUGCCGGCUGGGCUGGGUGCUGUGUCUGCUGAACUGAGCACGGGGCACCUACUGCCAGGGACCGCUAACUUAAUUCACCCAUUUCGCUGGCCAGCAAGGGCUUAGCACAGAGGUGCCCAGCCCUGUUCCUGGAGAUCUUAUCAUCCCAUAGGUUUUCAUUCCAACCCUAAUUUGGCACAUAAGACUGACACCUACUAAUUAGCAGGUUAACAAGAUCGCUGGCUGUAGAAUGAGAUCAUUGUUAGGGUUGGAGUGACAACCAACAGGACGGUAGAUCUCCAGCAACAGGGUUGAGAACCACUGGCUUAACAUGUUAGCCAACUUAACGGUCCUCUCCAAUGAUUUGGCAAUUUCAUUCUAUAGCACAAGGUCUACCAAACAUAUUGAUAAGGUUUAAAAGAAAAAAAAAUAUCUUGAAUAAACAUGCAGUGAGUUCCUCUUCCUUUGAGCUGAAUAGGCGAUUUUGGGUGGGUGUUGCAUGUUUUUUUUUUGUUUACAUGUUCUGCCUUGAUUUAUCUGACUGGGAAUGACAGGUGCACCUCUCCCAUUCCCUGCUCACACCACUCCUGUCAACUCCCACACUACCACCGCUUGAAUUUGUGUAUCAGUUACAAGAACCUGUAUUGAAAAAUAGGCCAGGUUCUACUUCUUUCCAACAAACUCAGAUUUCAAACUCA